GUUCAGGAUGUAGCUUUUCUGUUACCUAAGGACGUUGGUAGCGAAAAUAAUUUCCUAUCGUAUUCCUAUUUCAUAUCGUGUUUUUUCAACGAUAUACUUUUACUGCAGUGUCUACCUUUGACAAUCCUUAGAUGUGCUUCGACAGCCAGCGGUUUUCAGUUAAAUUAAUUCUCUCGAUUUGAUUGAAACGUUAAGAAAAUGAUAUAUUUGACCUUGGUAUUUGUUUGCGUUACGUGUUUAUGCGCCGAUCGUUGCUUGCUUGCUUGCUUUGCGCUAUGAUACCACUGGCCGAUUCCAACGCCCUUCACGCAACGACAUGCGAUGAACGCUUCCUGAUGAACCUCAGGACGUCUCCCAAAAUGCUGGAUGAGGGGAAUAUUAGCUACAGUAGUAACAAUCGGGAAACCGGUAGCCGCGGUUGCGACAAGGAUGAACAACACUCAUUUUGUCAGAGAAGCCGCCUUUACAGCUGGCUGAUAGACAUGGUCGACAGGCAAGGAGAGCGCGUCCAUAGAAUACUUAACUAUGGUGGCGACGACGACGACGACGACCUGUACGGGUUUGAUGCUCAGAAAACUAAUUCUUCGUCGUCACUCGGAAGUGCCGACUGCAUGUCGUAUACUGGCCGAUUGAUUCCGAGCGGAUGUCAUGGUAUAAUCAGUAACGCUGAUUUCGUUCACGGCGUGCUUCAAUCAUUGGACCAUCCCGGAACGAACAAAACGUGUACAUUGUCGGAUUUCGACCUCAAAGACAUGGCGGACGUCGUUAUAGUGAAAAACCUUCCAAAUGAGGUAUUCGCCGGAGGACAUGGCGACAGCGAACGACUUGUGCGAGAAAAUCUACUUAUAGAGUUAAAUAUUAAUGUUCAACAUGUUACUAUCAUGCAAAGCAAGAUCUGUGAUAUGAUUUACUUAUUUGAUAUGCCUGAGGACGCGAUUGCAAGACUGUGCUUAUAUGCAGACACGUUGUACCCAGAAGUACGUUGCGAGCCUCGCAUGGCAGUCAGGUUGACGACGCAACAUAAACGUCAGGUGACGUCAAUUAUAAGUAAACUACUCGACCAAGAAAAGCGUUACGAGAUUUCGUAUAAGGAUCUGUUUGACAAGCUAUACCACAUCCCGUUAAUCAAGGAUUUACCGUUGGACAAAACGCGCCUUGAGGAGGUGAGCACGGGAGACUUUUACGGUAUCCAACGCAAUCUCGCAGCAGACUCAGCAACCGCAAAGCUUCUUUCAUCGACUCACGUCGUCGUGGUGAUUAGUCUUAGGAAGUUGGCCCCAGUCGUUCACGAGAUGCUAUCCGGUCCGAUUACCAUUUAUCCGUCGCCCCCUUCAACCCCUGAUCGUAAGCGUCAUGACGGCGUCCUUGUUGACCAUGAGUUCCUCAUGAAGCUGCAGGGUAAGCUUGAGAAAGCUUAUGGACGCGACACAUUAUCGGUUGCGCCUGGCUCAGAAGGAACGAAUUACUAUUCUGAAGAUGGACAACCUAAACCGUUAGAGUAUCUGAUAACUUGCGUGCCUGGCAUUGAGGUCUUCUAUGAUAGUGGCGAUAAGUACAUUCGCAAGAUGGAUCUUAACGAAAGAAACAAUAUCAGUCUUGACACGGAAAGCCUGGGUUCGCCGGUUCCAUUAAAAAUGGGACACACCCAAACUGGGAACAACAGCGGCAAUGGGAACACCAAUAACAACACUGAUGACCCUAUCAAGAAGCUAGUGCAAACGAUUACCGCCAUUCUCAAGAUGGCACAGUACCAGUACAUGACUAUACCGGAACUCGAUGAAGAGCUCAGAAAGGUUACGGAUCUGCACGCCGAUUUUACGCUGCGUGACUUCAUCACCGAGCACGUCAAGUUUCAUCAGCUGCUUACAUUAGGCGAGCCAGAGCUCGUAAUGCUCAGUCAUCGAGCCCAAAUUAAGCGAAUUAGCAACGACAUGCAAAAGGUACUUCGGCGGCUUACGCCCAGGUUCGUGAACACCAAUACGCUCCCGUCGGCUUUUAUGGACCUUUGGGAAAACUGUGAUAAUGCGGCUAGUCGACCCAAUGGUGACCGAUCAGCUAAAUUCAGUGUGUCUCGAUAUGGCGUUUGCUUCCUCGACGACAUCAUGGUAACGAUACCUCAAAACUGGGGUAUCCAUUGCAGUACUUACAUAUCUAACAGCGAUGGUCGACUCAUCGUGCGCAACCGCGGUGACGGCGAAGAGGAUGUGCCAUCUUUUGUUAAAUUGCCCACACGUCUCCCUACUGGCUAUCCUGAAAGCGGAAAUAAUAUGUCCUUUUUUGCGGGUUUCGGUGAUAGCGGAAACUCAGACGACAGUAUGAAAACAGAGACGAGCAGCGGCUCGCAAGUUGAAUACACAACUGUGUAUGCUUGGGCGCCCCGGUCGCGGAUCAGUGAUAAUCAGCAGAGGAAUUUGGCGAUAUUCCGGCAGCAGCUGCUAAAUAUGUACCGUGGUGAUCCUACUGCCGUUCGAGUGAAGGAAAUUAGCGAGAAUUGGGAGCCUCGGUACGGUAACGAAAACGAACGGCUGAAGCGACUCGAUACCGCGUGCCUCAGGGCAAAUCUAGAACAGCCUCCACGUAUGAAACGACCGGGCGACAAGACCAAACCAGAAAGUGAUGCCGAGCAUCGUCAUCAUGUGCCUUGUGAUUUUAAACUGCAUUUCAACCAGUUUAUUCCCACGUUCCAUCACGUAUACAACGCACAAGCCACCGUCAGCCGUUAUGGCGUCAAAACUUUAUUUGAGGCAUUUGAGCUAAUGAGUCAUACAAUUAAGCUAUCGCAUGCAGAAGCACAAGCCGCGAUGAUUCAGCUGACUCCGGAAGCUAGACGUGAGAUUAUGGAACGCAGGCUGAUCUAUCUGAUGCGUAACUGCAAUGGCCUAGUUGACUAUAAUCGACUGAUCAGCAUGUAUAUGUCUCAACCCACUAUGAGGGUAUAUGCUAACCCGAAACAUAUUGAAGAAGCAAUCCAGAGAUGUACCCUGUUCAACACUAAGCCUAUUUCUGGAGGAAAUUGGUGUAUUUCUGUUAAGCCGCGGUUCUGUUUGUCCCUUGCAAUAAGUCAUUUUGGCAAAGAUAUCGGCCAUCUGCUCACCAUUUUCAUGCGAAGCUUCACCUGGCUGUCGUUCGGUGAUCUGCACAGGCUAUUCCAGGAGAGAUACAAUCGCGUACUACCUGUAACGGCCUUUCGAAACCUUUUGGAUUUAGGCGCAAUACGCUACCCACUCUGUUCGCCCACAACGCCGGAAAACACGCUCUUUGAUCUGCAGGACGACUGCCGCGUAGUACGGAACUUAAUCCAUCAAAUGAACAGCAAGCCCGAUGCCACUUAUUUAGUAUACGAUCCUCGAAACGACACGAAUCGUAUAGUUUACGGUGCUCGGGACGAGCGUUCAAUAACAUUCUUGCUUGAGUGUUCAGGUGAUUGCAUGUACGCUGAUUUCGACGUUGACGCAAUGAUGAAGGACUUCUCGGAGUUCUUUGUUUUGAUACCGAACUCCGAUCGACGUGUACGAAGCGCAUACAAACUUCACCAGUCUGUGAUUGUUGGUGUGCCCGAUGGCGACGAGCAGGACCACUUACAAGUUUCUUACCGACGAGCUUUUCGUCCACGCACGCUAUCCUUCAAUAGCGUUACUGCUAAUACCUCCCAGCGGGCAAACAACAACAAUACUAAUUCAAACAACACAAGUCAUUCUGGUCGCCCGAGCAACCGGCAGCAGCAAAGCAUCCGGUCUAGGUAAACUUCGGCGCCUCUUGACUGUGGACAACCCCAUCCGAUGGAGCCUUCGAGACAUAGGCCACUUUUGCUAUUCGCCGGCAAUAAGUGAUGGCUAUAAGACAAACGCCCAUAUAACACUCGGCAACCCAUGCUUUUGGCAUCAUGUGUCGUUGCGCCAAUAGUCACGCAGAAGAAUUGUAGACUUGAUUCUUACACAUUGUGCCUACAACCUUUAGCCUGUGGAAACCUUAAAAAAGCUCCGUCUUUUGUGUAAUUGUUAUUUUAAUUUACGGGGGUUGUCAAAACCCCCGUAGUAUCAGAAAUAGUUUGUGGUGCUGGACGACGCUAUGAGGACGCCAUACUGUUAAGUGAUUUAUUGCAGAUCGUUAUUAUAUGUUUGUAUAGUUAGAUAAACCCUGCAAAAAUAUAUAUAAUACACAUAUGUAUGUAUGUAUAU